AAUUUGUCAAGCAAUUAUCUCUCUCUCGGCUGUUAGAGGGUCAGGUCAGUGGGCGGUUUCUUUCCGUAUCGAAGGGAUUUACACGUCGAUCAUAAGAUUUCCACUCUUUUAUAUCGAUUGUGUAAAGAGGAGCGGCCGUAUUAUUCUAGUUAAACACGGGCCGGUAUCCAUUACUGUACCGCUCCGCUUGGUACACAUUACCUGUAAAUAUGUACACAGGGCUGUGGUAAUGGAAAUGUUAAGUAAGUGAACGAAGUUUGUUUCGUCUGGUUUCGGACCAAAGGGCAAUAAACGUAACCCCGAAUGGGCUUUAGCACCUACUCGCUACCCCAAUUAGAACGAGUCUCGGUUAAGCGUCCGGUAAUGGGUUCGAGCGAAGAUGAAAUAUCUGUAGGUAAAGUCCGAAGAACAAUUACCAGUCGCCCAAUUUGCCAGGAGAAGGAGGUGUGGUAGCACAGCGACUAAUGACAAGUUGAAGACUGUGCCGGCUACGACUGACUACCCCUACCUAGAAGUCCAGUUGAUUAACAAAAAGGCACUUAGUUAAAUUACAUCGGGCCAGAAGAUCGCCUUGGUAGCGUUGUAAUUUGCCGACUUUUUGCCGCCAUCUCUGAUAAAUUGCGACUCAUGUGUCGAUCAAUUAUUUAAACGGGUUUAGGUGGCGCUCCUGAUAUAUCUGGUUGUGUCGGACGGCUAGGAGAAGGGUUCGAGAUCCGAUCGCGUGUCUCUCUCUUGUUUGAUUAGUUACGCCGCGAGGAUGUUCGUGAGGAAACACCAAUCACGGAUUUUAAUACAAGAAAAAGGCCAAUGUCACCUAACGGUUCCGCCGGCCUUAAGACGAACCCAGGUGGAUGCUGACACCUGCCCCCUUCGAUUCGACUAACGUUUCUUUAAGAGGUCAACCUCCGCAACCAUCUGCUUCCACUGCAUUCGGUUUUGUUAUCGAUUACUUACACGGCUCUUUCUAUUUUUUUUUUAAUUACCAAAAAACCGCACAGCCACCCUUAUUCCCUUAAUUCUUUACUGCCAAAAUCGCCACAUUUUUAGAGACGAUUUACUUUCAUGUGCUCAACAGUUAGAAAAUUAUGGAUAUUAAACGGCUAACGGAGCCAAGGCAGGUGUGAUAUAGACUCGUUUCCUAUGGCCAAAGGAAACAAAUUAUCUAACCCAGAUGAACUGUCAAGAUACAGACGUUAAUAUCCACUUUGCAAGGAUAAUCAAAGCGGUUUUUUAAAACCUAUAAACCACUACACUAUUAUACAAAUAUUUGCUUUAAAAACGUCAUAUCCGAACCGAACUUUUAUUAAUUUAGUAAAAAACCUAAGGCCAGAUUUUAUUUUAAUAUAUAUCGGUGUAAAACGGAGUUAUCUUCUUAUCUAUCAAACAAAAUAAAAAAGUAAAAAAUGUAUUUCCUUCGCUUAUAAGAUAAGAUUCAACCUAUAAGCAUGAAACAUGACGAUAAGAAUCUAGAAUUUCAAAGCUGAUAUGUACUAUCUGUGUAAAACAAAACAUCAGUCGAUGUUUCGUUUGUGGAAUAUACGCACACACGGACUUGGCCAUGCCAUAAGCGCCCUUUUAUACGCCGUGACGUCAUUUCCGGACAGGUAGGGGGGGUUUUGUGUGUAUUUUAAGUCGAAUCGAAGUAUUUUCUUUUUUUAAAUAUAUUUGAUAAGUAACUGGAGUCAUGUGGCAGAGUAAUAAAAAUAGUAGAAAGAUAAUGAUCGGAUAAUGUGCUUAUUAUGAUUUUUUGGAUUAAUUUUUAAGCGGUCGGGCUGGAAGUUUUUUCGAAUUUUGCCGAGGGGAGAAAGAGAGAGAGAGAAUGCCAUUAGCCCAACGACCGGUAGCUAUCCCGACUAGAUCAAGAUUGAACAAGUGUCUUCCUGACCCAAUCAGGAUAUGAUGAAAGGAAGAUGGCUGAGAAAAGGGAAGUCGGACGCAGCUGAAACGAGCAGACAAAUAACAGUGACCUUUCUGACCUUUUUUAGAUCUUGAGUGACAAUUACCGAGGCUUCCUGAAUGGGAUGUGACGCACCUUCAUCCCUUUUUUUUUGUUUUCCUCCCGCCUGCUGUAUCCCCCGUUCGAUUGAAGAGCAAACAAACGUAGAGAAUCGAAGGAUCUCGAAGACAUCCGCAGUCUACAUCAUCCUAUCCGCACGCUAAUUAGUUUCUGAAUACUUAAUAUCGUUGUCAUUGAUCUUAAUAUUCUUUAGCUUUGCAGUCUAAUCCCCUUUUGUCUGUCGAUUCUAAUGUCUUUCGUUUUUCGCUUCACAUUAACGCAAGACCACGAACUGCGGCUGGCCGCAUAAUCGCCUUAUGGUAUCAUCUUUUCAUUAAGGAUGAUUAUAGGUUUCUCCUCCAAUAGUUUACCUGUCCGUCAAGGUAAGGAGAGCCAGCCAAUCAACUGCACCUGACAUUUACGGUCGACGCAUAAAAAUUCCUUUUUCAUCCUUUGGCACGACAUCGGUUUCUUUUGGGCGGAUUAACGAAUUUUCAAACCAUGCGGAUGUCAUUUCGAUUCAUUUAAAAUGAUCAGCUUUUGUCUCGCGUGCAAGUGCCACUUGUAGAAUGCUUUUUCCCCCUUCUUUCCGUGUCGCUUUUGCGUUUGAUUUGUUAUAAUUCGACAACAUAUGCGACCUCCUUUAGUCCUAUUUAUCAUCCGUUCCCGUUACUGCUACAGUGAGGCGACGCCAUUUUCAUGCCUUCCUUUGGGUUCGCAUUCGAAACUUAUUUUUCCGAAAAUUUAAAUAUUUAAUUAGGUAACAAAAUGGGCGUAGACAUUUGCCCAUUGGGAAAGGUAUAAUUUUAGAAGAGAUUGUCUUGUAAAGGUUAAACGGAAUCGGAUAAUCCGGAUAAAGCCACAAACGGGAAGGAAAGGCAGUGGUAUUUCCGCUGUUACCACAGAAUCUUCUUCCAGAAAUCAACUAUUGUUUCCCGAGAAACAGAGAAAGAGACGUGGCGUGACGUAAGGAGGAAUAAAAACGGAGUACCCAGCCAGUCACCCAAAAGCCGUUAGAAUCACACUGCAAGCAGAUGGUCGGAGUGGCAACACGUGUCGAGAACACCCCCUCUAUCUGUCUCUUUCGGCCAUAUGUUGAUUGCGCACUUAAUUGCAUUCUAUCCCGAAAAGUUUUUUCCCCAUUGGAUACAUAAACACGCCAACCGUAAUCGGCCUGCCGUGCAGGGGGCGAGACCAUAGUGACCCGUUAAGACGUCGGCAACUGGCAGCGAGGAAAGGAACCGUUAUAGGCCCCAUUGUUGUCGGCCGGCACGUGCCUGCUGUCUCAAGUCAUUAAGGGAGUCAGUGGCUCGUGGCCUACCACCUCCCCGGCGACCACCUGGCCCUGCGGGUACAAGGCCCCCGAGCCAGACGGAUGGCGUGUCUCAAGACCUCAUCCAUUAUCUUCGGACGCUUCUACUAAUUAAAUAUGCAUUUCGGACGCGUGUCCGGAAGACAGAAAAAGUAACACCAGGUAUACCGAUGACGUCAGCUAUCAGGCGAGUGAUUGUUUGCAAACACGGAACACACACUUAUCGUUUCGAAGUUGUCGGUGACUCAGUUCCUUUCGUCGGACUCUCGCUAUCGAGACGAACGCAAUCGCAGCCAACAGAUAAAACAGUUGACAUAUUUGUUAGCGGAGGAGUGCGUCAUACAAAAGAACACGCUUAUGAUCGAAACCGGACGCAAAUAACUCAGGAAACUCUCCUAGAGCAGCUGGUCUCCUUCGCCUCAGGACAGAUCGAGCUUCCUGUCUUUUCAUUCGCCUCGGUGGCUCGUCCAACUUAGCUUAGUCCGACUCGAUCUUCCAAGACAAACGGAUACACUUAUUAUAUCUAUCGGCUAGACGAGGUAAGAGAACGAGAUGAGUGAAGAGCUGAGGAGUAGGUGAAAAAGAGAAAGUUAGUGGACAACGUAGCCCCCAUUUCCUCAGCCGUCCAAUCAGCGAACUUCUUAUGAUGUCAUCGGAAGAGGAUUCGGAAAUGGAAGCCCUAAAAAACAAGACGAAGCGAGUGCGUCAGAGAGUUGACGCCGGAGAACCUCGCAAUAGUUACGCCAGCAUACCGAAUUUCAGUUCGCGACCCAUGGCCACAGUCCCCUAUCAUAAUGGCUUUAGUAUGCUGGCAGGGGGAAAAAUUCUCGGUGAUCUUAUAAGCAGACAUCAGAAAGGAGACAUGAUGCUAGACGAUCUAAGGAUUAACGGUUCGCUGAUGGCGUCGAUGGAUAUGGCGGAUUCUUCGUUUCUCAAUGGGACGGUGGAUCAGGAGAUGACAGCUAAUUCUCCUCACCAGCAGCCUCCCGGUUCUCCCCUGCCCGAAAACAGUCAUUUGUUGCGUGACAUACUGCAGGGCCGGAAAGUGUCCGACGAACAGGGUCCUUGUGUCAUGCUUCUGCAAGGGAACCAGCCAACUUCCGUUAGUCAUGCUCCGGAGACGUCGGGGGUCGACACUACCGGAAGUCACGUGACUCCGAGACCGAGGCGAGUCGGCGAAGAGGACGACAACGUCAAAGUUAGCAGGAUGUCCGACCAGGAACAGGAGACAACCCCCGUAUCCAGUCCGAGUCCGUGUCAGAGUCCCAACCCGCUCCGUCCCUUAAGUAACAGUAACACCUUGGAAGAGAAACGUGCCAGGGUCGAAACCAUCGUGUCCAACAUGCUUCAGGGUCCUCCGGCAACCAUCCGCUCUCCGGGACAGGGGCAGAGCGGGCCCGAACCACCGACUCCAGUCAACGGGUGUAAGAAGAGGAAACUCUAUCAGCCUCAACAACACGAAGCCAGUAGGAUAACAAAUGGAUUGCAGGACGAUGACGACGAGGAGGACGACGAGGAAGAACUUUCGCCACCCAAACAACGUCGUCUCGAACGUGAAACGCUCAAGCUGCAAUUACGCCAAAUGCAAGAACAAUUGGCAGCCAUGCAACAACGUUACUUAGAACUAUUCGAAUUCGAAACAUCGGUGAGUCCAAUGAGGGAUAACCCGUCGCCUCGAAGCGAAGACGGCAUUCCGAUGAAUGCCACCGACGUCAAAGCCGAAAUGUCCGAAGACAAACACGAAGAAUCUGUCAACUGUCGUCAAUCCUGCAUCGUUCAGCCUCCCACCCGCCUUAGCCCAGGUCAGUCGGACGUCGACUGGUUAAGUGAGUCUCUUAAGUCAGAAAUCACGUCGUCUCUGUCUCAAGUAAUUGAUGCCGUCAUAUCACGAUACGUUCAACGUCGUCCCGUGGUUCGACCGGCCACAUCGAGCACGGGAACUAAUUCGGACAGUGAUCAGCCCAAAGACAGCAAUCUCUUGUCUCAAAUGCUGGACAGAAAAUCGCCUCGGUCCAAAGUUAUCGACCGGGGUUGUAGGGUGAACGGGCACAGUCAGAGAUCGAGCCCUUUUCCCGACUCGUUACCGAAACCGACGUUCUUCUAUCCACCCGGUCUCAAGCCUCCUAUGUCCACCUUCUUCUGUAACGCCGCUCAACAGUUACCUUCUGUAAGUUUACCCUUUCCACCUCCGGGAUUGAAUACUAGUGGGAUACCCGUGGAAGUUCCCGAACAGACAGAAGCUAUGGCUCUGGUGGUGACGCCAAAGAAGAAACGCCACAAAGUGACGGACACUCGCAUCACCCCCAGGACAGUAAGUCGCGUUUUAGGGCAAGACGUCGAUCCUCUAUGCAACAAGUACACCAUGUUGGCAGCUGGAUGUCCGUCGGAUCCCGGCCCCGCACCCACCUACACCCAUCAUCCGCCACCUCCGCCUUUGGUGCCAGUUUCUCUGCCCACUUCGGUAGCGAUUCCUAACCCGAGUUUGCAUCAAUCGGACGUGUUCACCACUUUUCACUACGAUCAUCAACGACUGGGACAGUAUAACUCUAUACCCGACAACCACGACGAAGACGCUCUUCACUCGUCCAUCAUGUCUCAUGCAAGGGGUUCCCCCGAUUCGCUUCAUUACGGACAUCUGAAACUAGAAAACGGAGACAGUUCGGAGGCGGGGGAUAGUCCCGCCUACGAAUCGGGACUGGCUAUGACCAGCACCUUGACGCCCAUGCACUUGAGGAAGGCGAAGCUGAUGUUCUUCUACGUCCGAUAUCCCAGUUCGGCCGUCCUGAAGAUGUACUUUCCCGACAUCAAGUUCAACAAGAACAACACGGCCCAGUUGGUCAAAUGGUUCUCGAAUUUUCGGGAGUUUUACUACAUCCAAAUGGAGAAAUACGCUCGGCAGUCGGUCAGCGAAGGAGUCAAAAACAAUGAUGAUCUGAAAGUAACGCCCGAUUCCGAACUUCUCAGAGUUCUAAAUCUUCACUACAACCGCAACAAUCAUAUCGAGGUACCAGAACAUUUUCGCCACGUCGUCGAACAAACCUUGAAGGAGUUCUUCAAGGCGAUCACAGCAGGGAAAGAUCAGGAGCAGUCGUGGAAGAAGUCGAUCUAUAAAGUCAUAGCAAGAAUGGAUAAUUCGGUUCCAGAUUAUUUCAAAUCGCCGAAUUUCUUAGAACAACUCGAAUGAGGACAAGACAAUGUGAAUCCUUCUUAAACCAAGACUUGUGCCUUCAGUCAGUCUGUUUUUCUUUGUGUACGGUGGUUGUGGCCAGGCUAACCUUACAACCAAAAAGUGUGUUUUAGCUUUAAGAGGAAAUGACAAAUUUAAAAAAAAAAACAAAGCAAAAAUUAUAUAUCAUUCAUCGGUGAUUCUUACAGGAUAAACACAACUGGUUUGUCCCGGGUGAGUGCCCUAGUCAUAAAUGAUGUAAACCUACUGUUAUGUGUGUAUUUAUUUUGUGCACGACGAAAGUGCUAAGCACUGCUUUGUUCACUGGGACAGGAAGAAGAAAAGCGACAAAAAAUAUUAAGCAAAAUGGCAUGAACUAUGCACUCUUCAUGUCUCUGAAGUCAAGGGAUGAUAUUUUUCUUAUCCGCAAGACAAAAAACAAGUGCGAAAGCACCGAUUCUUCUCCGUACAAAAAAAUGAUACAUGUUGAUAGAAUAUUAUUUUGAGUAUAACUGAAACCAAAAAGACAAAAAAAUGCCCGAAAAGGUGAGAGAUAAUCAAACGUGCUACUCCGACACCCACACUCAACCCUCGCCCCAUCAAUCUCGUUUGUUCCCUUAGGGUGUCGGAUAGGCAGGAGGCCAUUUGCUAGUCACUGCCCGCUCCUCUUCACCCGUCGAUGUGCGCCUAGUCAACCCUUAAUUUCUAUCACAUAUCUGGUCCCAUGGGUUCUCACGUGGGACGUGCAGCUAGUACGAAUGUAGUCGUUCUGCUAGGGACCAUCCUCCGAUGAUCUAUGACACUCUUUCUAUUUCUCCCUAUCCAGGUGUCGAAAACAAUCAUUUAGUCUUUCGCAUGUGAUACUUCAUAUCACCACUUAUGUGAUAUCGCAGAAAAAUGGAGGGUUUUGUUACUUUAUUAGGUUCUGUCUAGCGUGGUUUUGCAGAAUGUGCAACAUAUCCGCAAACAAGUUGGCACGCCUUUUUCUCUUGCACGUUGCCUUUAUUGUGUGCCUGCACUAUGGUAGUGAUUAAUGACGAGCGUUCUUCACUUCCUCUGGUAUUUUUUCUGUUUUUCGUUUCAUCAGCCUUAGCGACGCGUCUUUCUCGUGGGCAGAGAGAUGGACGAAUACGUCAAUACAAAAACAGGCAGCCCAUAAAAUGGGUUUCUUCCUCCUACUGUGAUUGGACUGUGCAGUUCUCUUAGUCUGCUCGCUCAUUUCCCAUCAACUUAACCUCAUUGACGACAUCCUGAAUUCACUUUUCUCUGUCUGUCGUUUUGGCUCAAAUACUUCCCUCGAACGAACUUCGUCUCUUAAUCAAUUGGCGAAUCCAGACUUGGGAAGGGAAAGCUUUCGUCAUUUCUCGUCUUCCAAAUGAACGCUGAUUAUGAACAAAAUAAAGAUAGAAAAAACCAGUGACGGCCAUUUUUACAGUUCGUGUGUGUGUACAUUCCUAGCAACAUUCCACAUUUUUUGCAAAUUCAAAAAAAAAAAAAGUACAUUCCUUCUCACCCAUUUUUAAAAUCCAGCCUCUUUAGAAGUGGGACUGCUAAACGGGAGUGUUAAGCUCUGGUAGGCCAAGAAAGCAUCAAUCAGUUCUACCAGCUCUGCACAGCUCAAGUGCCUUGCCCAUCAGUCCACCGAUUUUCAUUCAUACACUGCAACCAUUCGACUGUGAUAUUUGGCUUGUAGCGACGGGCAUAACAACAUUAAAAAAAAAUAAUAAUAAUAAGCAGCGAAAUGUGCCUGCAGCAGAGAAAUGCGGAGAGUAUACUCACCUCCCGGAGCGGUUCCUCUUCUUAUUUUAUUCCAUUCUUCCUGUCCUGUCGUCUAAAUUCGGAGAUGCAAAUCUGUGAUCCGUUCUUUGCCUCUCCCCGACUAUUCGUCUCUCUCAAAGUUCUUGUUGGUCGAAGAGAAAAAGUUUAAAAAUAAACAAAGAAAGAAGACGAAGAAGAAAGUCAUUCCAAGAAAAAAAAAAAAAAAAAAAGACUAUUUAUAUGUGUAUUGAACCGGAAUAUAAUUUAUUGAAAUUUUUUUAUUUAAUAUGCACCUCACCAUUUACUGGUUAAUAUAUAUGUAUAUGGUAUGUCCACCUGCUGUAUGUAAACUGCACACAUCAUCAUUGGCCAAAUAGAAUGCUGUACAAUCACCCUAGCUAGUUAAGAUAUCAUUAAUAGAAAUUAGAAACAAUGUACAUUGCCUCUCUUUUCUAUUGUGCAUGAAUAUUAUCUUCUAUCCCUUUGAGAGUAUCAUACUCAAACCCCCAUAGUAUUCUUUACGGGAAUACUUGAAAGAAAAAAAAGAAAAAAAAGAAAAAAAAGUCAUUUAAAACUCGAAAAACGAUAUUUAUUACUUAAAA